UUAACGAGUUUUUUCUCGUAAUUUAACAACUUUAAUCUCGAGAUGGUUUUAUUUUUUAUUAUUGCUUGGCCCUAAUCCUCUUCCGUACAUGUCAGAUUUGUUUGUGCUGUUUGAUUAAAUUUAAUCUCAAAGUGAAACACUGUUGAAAGUGGUUUGGACUGAGCACAAAAACACACUUGUAGCCAAUCAGCAAAUCAGCAGUUUUUUUUCUGUUUCUUGUUUCUUUUUUUCCUCAUGGCUCUACCCGCCUGAGCGAGCGGUCCAAGGCACGCGUUCCAGUGGGAGGUCCAACGGAGGACUUCGCCACAUACGUGGAGUGGGUGCUGGUGAACAACAACUCCCCGUUCACCAUCUGCCCAGCUGAGGAUGACACCAGCAACACUCCACAUCCAGAGACCAGCCACCCGCCACCGGCUACGUGCAUGAUGGAGAAACGAGAACCCAACGCAGACCGUGGAGAUCAACCUGCCAGGACGAACGAGACCGAACCUGAGGAGAGGACGGAAGGAGUCUUCGCCCCGGGGUGUGAACCGCUAGGUGUGUCUGACCAGACUGAUUUAUUUGUGCUACACCUCUACCUCACUCAGAGGAGAAAGAGUGCACCAGGACAACUUUCAGUUGAAAAUGCCACAAGGGCUUUCAUACAAUCAGCCCCAUGUACUGGGCCCAGAUGGCAAAGGUGUUCCCUUGUCACCAUGGUUAGCCCCAAUCAUAUGGGAAGGAACAUUUGAUCCCACAUUGAUUGAUUCGAUCUACAAACAACAAAACUUGACCAUAGCAACUACAGUCUUCGCUCUUGGAAAAUACACACGGUUUCUUAAAGAUUUUCUGGAGUCUGCAGAGCAGAAUUACUUUGUUGGAUUUCAUGUGCAUUAUUAUAUAUUCACUGAUGAACCAGAACAGGUUCCUGCAGUGGAACUGGGUGAAGGCCAUCAUCUGACUGUGAUAAAAGUCCCUAGUUCUAACAGAUGGCAGGAGAUCAGUUUGAGCAGGAUGAAAAGACUGGAGAAACUGAUCGAGAGUCGACUGGUCAAUGAAGCCGACUAUGUUUUCAGCCUUGAUGUGGACUCAAAGUUCUAUGGUCGUUGGGGAGUAGAGACUUUGGGUCGCCUAGUAGGUGUGAUACAUGCAUGGUUUUAUGGUUCCUCUCGUGAACAAUUCACAUAUGAACGCAGGCCAGAGUCUCAAGCAUUCAUUCCUUACUCUGAGGGUGAUUAUUAUUAUGGUGGAGCUGUGAUCGGUGGCUUAGUGAAAGAUGUAUAUCAGCUUGCUAAAACCUGCCGGGAGCAGCUGGAGAUUGAUGCAUCUAAAUCCAUUGAGGCGGUAUGGCAGGAGGAGUCUCAUUUGAACAAGUACUUCCUUUAUAACAAACCCAGUAAAUUGCUUUCACCCGAGUAUCUGUGGGAUGACAGUAAAUCUAAACCAGGAGAGAUCAAAGUCAUUCGAUUCUCUCAAGUUCUUAAAAACUAUGCUGAAAUUCGUCCAAACCCUUAGCAGCUGAUACCAGAAACAUGGAUAUUAUUUGUAUUUUAUUUGAACAAAUAUUCAGUCGUUUUUGUCUUAGUUUCAUUUUCAUGGACUUUUAGUUUGUUUUCCUUCAGUCACAUGUUUCCCACCUGAGCUUGUCAGUUUACGUUUAAAAAGUUGUUAAGCGUUAGCUUAUUACGUUUACGUUGAAAUUUUAUAAAUUAAAUUUUUACAUUUUUCAUAAUCUAUAGUCUAUAAAUGUUAGUAUCCCCAGUAUACGUCACCAGUUCAGGGGUAUACAUUAAUUGAAAAAAGAAUGCUUGUUUGGCAAUGCGUAUUAAACAUUAUAGCCACAUUUUUAAAACAUUUAUUCUUUGUAAAAUUCUGUUGAACAAUGAGUGUAAUGACUUUAUGAAUAUAUUAGUGUACUGUAUCAUAUUUAAUAUGCAAAUUUCUAGGGCCUAUAUAUUAUCAGUAUGACCAAAACUUUACUGAAAAACUUGUACAUAAUCUACUUCAUGCCUUCUAUUAAGGAAGUAUAUUUAUAGCAAUAUUCAAAUGAAAUGUAAUAUGCAAAAUGGCAAUGCAAUAU